AUGAAAAGAGAUGUAGCCAGCUUUGUAGCUAAGUGUAUAGUAUGUCAGCAAGUUAAGGCUGAGUAUCAGAGACCCUCAAGUUUACUUCAACCUUUGCCUAUACCAGAAUGGAAGUGGGACAAGAUUACCAUGGACUUUGUUACUGGGAAGGAUUACAAGCUUACCAAGCUAGCUCGACUUUAUGUAGACAAUAUAGUUCGACUACAUGGAGUGCCUUCAAGCAUUGUUUCAGAUAGAGAUCCUCAAUUUACAUCAAGGUUUUGGAAGGCCUUGCAACAAGCCUUAGGGACUGAACUUCACUUGAGUACUGCCCAUCAUCCACAGACAGAUGGACAGUCUAAGAGGACCAUACAGACUUUGGAAGACAUGCUUCGCUCUUGUGUUUUGGAUUUCGGAGGUAGUUGGGGAGAACAUUUGUCACUAGUGGAAUUCACAUACAACAAUCGCUACCAAGCCAGUAUAGGUAUGGCUCCUUAUGAGGCCUUAUAUGGGAGACCAUGCAGAUCGCCAUUGUGUUGGGCAGAACCAGAUGAGCAUGGUAAGCUAGCCCCAAGGUAUAUUGGACCUUUUGAGGUUAUCGAGAGGAUUGGGGAGGUCGCUUAUCGAUUAAACUUACCAAGACAGUUGGGACAUGUUCAUAAUGUGUUUCAUGUGUCUAUGUUGAGGAAGUAUACUCCAGAUCCGUCACAUGUUAUUGAGUAUGAGGCUCUCCCUCUUCAGGAAGAUGUGACUUAUGAAGAACAACCUGUCAAAAUCUUGGCAAGAGAGCCAAAAGUGUUAAGGAACAGAGAGAUUCCAAUAGUCAAGGUCUUAUGGAGGAACCACAGAGAAGACAAGACUACUUGGGAGUUAGAGUCCGAGAUGAGGCUUUCAUCCGUUGAUUUCUUUUCCACAAUGGUAUUGACCAGAAAUAACCAAAGACCUCCUUCAUCACCCGAUCUUCAAGCACGCUCUAAGGAAGAUGUAGCCUCCUUGGUCGAAAGGAAAGAAGAUAACACCAACGACCUGGAUUAUAGGAGAGAGAGCAAUGUAGAAGACUAUGAGGAGGAUGAAUACACUAAACUCAUCUCUUUACGACUACAAGCCGCGGAACACGACAUACAUUUGGCUGAAUAG